AUGACGCGCGCGGAGACGGGGACGGUGACGCUCGCGCGCGCGCUGUGCGAGCGCGCGCUCGAGCGCGCGGGCGUCGAUCGCGCGAGUGACGAUUUCAAAGUGGCCGUGGACGGUGCGACGCGGUACGCCACGCGCGUGCUCGCGAGCGAACUGGGACGACGGACGAACGACGCGGAGGAUGACGAUGAAGGCGCGCUUGGACGGGAGAUCGCGCGACGGGUGGCGCGUGCGCGUGGAGCGGCGAGCGGGACGCGCGCGGCGGAGGCGUGCGAGCGAUUGAGAGGCGACGGGAGCGGAUUACGACGGCGGAGUGGGAUUCUGCGGUGCCUGAUGGCGAUCUCGGACGACGUGAAGAUGGCGUCGGGGACGCUGGAGCGUGGAAUCGCGCGGGCGGGAGGGAUGGUGCGAUUGGAGCUGGACGCCAAGGCGAGAGCGCUCGCGAGAGAGGAGCGGGCGAGAGGAACGAGCGCGGCGCCGAGGGCGAGCGGUGAGACGACGUCUCGAGCGCUCGCGGGAGGUGAUAAGGGGGCGAUGGGGUUACACGCCGUCGGUCGCCGCGCGGACGCGUACAGGGCGCUCGAGAUUGAAAACGUCACGCGCGGAGAGUGCGACGAGCGAGACUUGGUCCGGGACGUCUUGUACGCAUGUCAGGGAAUCGACGGUGAGUUCGUCAAGUUUUCCCCCGCGGAGCAGGCUUUUGUGAUCGCGCCGAACGUUAACGUCUCGGCGGGGCGCAGAAAUCUGAUCAAGUCUCUGACCGAGGUUGGAUGGUUGUUUAAAAAGGUGACGUCGUCGCUGGGAGACGCGCGCACGACGGGUGUGGAUGUCGAAACCGGCGAGGGAAGCACGCGCCAGGCGUUCCAGGCCGCGAUUCAACGAGAACUCGCAGAGUAUUACAAGCUCGUUGCUGUGCUGGAGUCGCAGGCGCAGGUUCCCAUUAUCGGCUUCAUGCCCGACGGGAAGGACGCUCCCGCGGCGAAGGGCGCGGACGCCUACCUUACGCUCCGCCGCUUGUUUCUUUGGCUCGCCGAUCCAUUGAAGACGCUUCGAACGCUGGCAAUUUUGGUCGACGCCACGUACGGGCACCGAGGUGGAGCUAUCCUAGCCGCCAUUCAUAAGUACUCCCGACACGGAGAUCCGUCAACCACGACGUUGGUCCGGCGCAUUUUGAGCGCGAGCGCGACACCGUUUUUGGGCAUGACUCAACGAUGGACGGUGAGCGGCGAGUUAGACGAUCCAUCGCGCGAAUACUUCGUCAGAGUCGAUCACGCCGUCCCGGAUAAGGACCUGUGGCGUCGCAAGUACGAGUUCGAUGAGAACAUGCUCCCGUCGUUCAUUACUCAAGAGCAAGGCAGAACAAUCAUGCGACUGGGUAAAAGUAUCAACUUUCUUAGGAGAUGCUGCGACGAUUCGAGUUGGGCUCCCGAGCGCGCCGAGAUUCUCAACGAGGUGGAGAAGGCGGGAGGAUUAGAUUUCGAGAAUCCGGACGCCUUGGCGGUGCUCAUUUUGGAGACGUCAAAGUGCAUUGAUGGAAUUGUGCGCCGCGUGCUCUUUGAACGGUACAAGCUCGGUGAGCACUGCCAGGCGUUGAAACGCUAUCUUUUGCUCGGGCAGGGUGAUUUGCACGAGAGUCUCAUGGACUUGAUCGGUCCGAGCUUGGAUGAGCCCGCGAACUCGCUGAGCGUGUUCAAGCUGAGCGGCGUCCUCGAACAGGCUGUUCGCAGUAGUAGCGUUCAGUCAGAUUCCUCCGAGUUUAUCGACCGCCUGCGCGUGCGCCUGAUGCCACACUUGAACGAAGAGAUUGGCUGGGAUGUAUUUACGCUCGAGUACGUCGUCAAUCAACCGCUGACGACGAUCUUCACAGAACACGCUAUGAGUAAGUAUUUGCGCGUCUUCAACUUCUUGUGGCGGCUCAAGCGAGUCGAACACACGCUGUGUGGAACGUGGCAGAUGAUGAAACCCACGGUGUCACAUAUGUUGACGAGCGAAGCCGCUGGAGGGGGGCCUUCGGGCGCUACGCUUGUGGCUAUGCUGCGCGAUUGUCACUCGCUUCGAGGCGAGAUGCACAGCUUCAUGUCAAACUUUCAGUACUACGUCAUGGUGGAAGUCCUGGAGGUUUCGUGGGCCGAUCUCGAGGAAAAGUUUGCCAAACACUCCGAUUUGGACGAGAUCAUCGCUGCGCACGAGAUAUUUCUCGACUCGGUCGUGCAAAAGGCGUUGCUGGGGUCGAAGUCUCAGCUCGUCCUACAAACGCUCUACGCACUGUUUGAGAUCAUGAUGUCGUUUCGCGAAGUCGCAGAGGGUGUUUUUGACAUAGCCGCCAAAGUCUUUGAGAAGAAAGCUGCCACCCGCGAGCGCAUUGCUGAGCGUGAGAAGAACCAGCAGUGGGGUACCUACGUCGGCGAAGAAUCCACGUCGACAGAUUUCAUCGACAAGGAUGAACUCUACGCCACGCAGGGCACUUUGUCGCGCCUCAGAGACGACUACUCGCGCGCGCUAGACGGGUUCUUGAACCUGCUGCCGCUGCAAACGCACGUCGACACCCAAUUCUUACUGUUCAGGCUCGACUUUUCCGAUUACUACGUCGCACGCGGCAUCGGUCCGGGAGACGUCUCGCGCCGUGGCGAAUCUCGCCAGCUCAUCGGCGCGUAG